AUGUUUGGGAAUAUUGGCGAGGAUGGGCACUGCCAGCGAUGCAAGCAGCCGCUGCGAAUCGACGACGAGCUGGCGCCCUCGGCCUACGACCUCAUCGCCUCACUCUCCGACAGGGGCGGCACUCCCCAGCCCACUCCCCAGCGCGCCCGAAACCAGCCCCAUACCCGAGCGAACAGACUGCCAACCCCACCCCCCAGCAGGGACCAGUGCACCCAUCCGGGGCCCGCCGAAAGCUUUGUCGUCCUCUCCGAGAGCACGCUCGGCGCUGCACGCGCUCAGCCCGACCUCAGACACGAACCCCCUCAAUCCCACGGCCACCCGUGCCCCAAAACCACCGACCGCGUCUUCAAACUCGCCGAACUGCUCUCCGGCAACCCCCCAAAAUUCAAACAUCCGCUGUGUACCGAAUGCACCGACAAGCUGCUCGAGUGGAUGCACAACCAACUCCAGUCGGCCAAAUCGAACAGAGACCGAUAUGCGAUCUUCGAGCGAGAGCUCAAUCGGGAGAAGAGCGCGGCAGCUGAGGGGUCCUACGAGAGCUGCAAGAAAAUCAAGCAGGACAUCGAAGAGCUCAAAAUCAGGGAGUCUGUGGCGAUUGAAAAGCUGAGAGAGACAGAGACUGAAUGCGAGAAGGUCGAGGCCGAACUAAGAGAGAUCGAACGGCUGGAAUCCAAACAAGACAAUGAGGAAGAGGAGUUCUGGGAUGAUUACAACCAGUACUUACUCGAAUACGAAGAUAUCCAGUCCCAGCUAGACUCGCUCACCACCAGAUACCGCAACGAUCAAAACGAGCUAGCAAAACUGAGAGCCACCAACGUAUACAAGGAUGCAUUUUGCAUCGGAUGUGAAACGGGCGUCGGGACCAUCAAUGGCUUGCGACUAGGCAGGCUGACCGAUGUUCCAGUGGAAUGGGUCGAGAUCAAUGCAGCCUGGGGCCAUACGGCUCUACUGCUCCAGACCUUAUGCAAACGGCUCAAGUUCACCCUUGAUGGAUACCGCUUGAUCCCCAUGGGCUCCUUCUCCCGCAUCGAACGCACCAAGGGUGACAAAUCCUGUCUAGAACUGUUCGGAUCAGAUGAUUUCGCAUUGGCUCGAAUGUUACACAAUCGCCGAUUCGAUAGCGCCAUGGUCGACUUUCUGGAGUGCUUGAGACAGGUAUCGGAGCAGGUGGUCAAGCGAAGCCCUCAGACCAAGAUUCCGUUUCGUGUUCACAAGGACAAGAUCGGCGAGGCGUCGAUCAAGCUGUCCUUCUCCUCUGAUGAGGCGUGGACGAGUGCACUCAGACACGUCCUGUUCACAUUGAAAAUCAUGAAUGCGGCCUUGGAUCAUGUAUCGAAUUGA